AUGAAGGAGUUACCCGAGGACGUACAAGGUGUUCCAGCGAUCGCCGCGCCGAUCCUACUCCUCGAAGGACCCGAGCUUGCCGUCAUCGCAUCAUCCUCUCCACCUUCCCCCAGCCGAGUCCUCUCGAAGGUCGUCAGCCUUGUAGCCCCGUAAUUAACGGCCUUCUCCUCCCCCGCCUUGAUCAGCCUUCCCUUUCCCUUGUCGCCGUUGGCCAAACUCGGGUGGGAAGGUGCGUCCGUAUUCGCAUCGGGAGGGAACAUGAACGAAUUACGGUUCCUGAAGUCCCACGACUCCAUCCUAGGUUGGACUUGAUCGAUCGUAGGUGCUCGAUUCGAUUCGUCUUCUUCGACGGUGGUCGAGUCGUAAUCGACGUAUUGAAGACCUUGGUCUUUUGGGUCGGGGCCUUGAGGAGCGAGUUUGUGGGAUCCUCGCUUGAUCAGUUCGAGUUCGCCUACGCGCGGUCGGGAUUCGGGCGUAUCUUGGAUCAGCAGGGCGUGAUUCGAAGAAGUCGCACCCCCCGAUCCCGAAGAAGCGAUCAUCAACCGAUCAUCCCUACCGAUCGUCGUCCCUUUGCCCACGAUCAAUUUCCUCUCCCCCGGUCUGCCCGCUCCACCAUCCAACAUCCUCACACUCCCAUCCUCACUCCCCUCGAUCAAAUCCCGCGUGACAUCGACCAACCUUUGCCUCGCUUCCCUGCCUCGAAUGGCCAACACUUUGGCCUUCUUCUCCGCUUCCCAUGCCCAAGCGUAUUUCCGUUUCCGAGCGGCAUUGUCCCUGGCCAACAGUACGGCGAAAGAGGAGUUGUCUUCGGAUGUGUAGCGCGAUUGGAACGAGUCGAGACUGAUGCCGGGGUCGAUACGGGGUGGCUGGGGUGGGGAAGCGCGGCGUCGGGUGGUUGA